GAUUCUAUCAUUUCGUAUAACACGUGAAAAAUAAACGUAUAAAUAAACCGACUAAAAAUAAUAAAAUCAUGGCUCGUAAACGAAAUAAGAAUCAGCUAGCGAAGAAAAACAAGCAAAAAAGGAAUGAUCGUCUCGUGAGUGCUGGCUUUGAUCCUCGUGGCAAUCAGCCGUAUCAAGAAAUCGUUCGUGAAAAUGAAAAUUUCAUGAAUUACUACCAACACCAAAAGAUUUGCAAGACACCGGAAGAAUGGGACGAGUUUCUAAAGGCACUUCGCACAGACCUGCCUUCAACGUUUCGCGUGACGGGAUCCAAAAAAGAGGCCAAUUUGCUGAAUGAUGUCAUCAAAAAGGAAUUUCUCGCGGAAUAUGUCUCCGUUGUGGCCGAGUUGCAUCAAAAAGACAAAUCUGAGGUUCCUCCUCCACGAAGUUUCCCUUGGUAUCCAGGUGGUCUGGCAUGGGAGCUAAAUUUCACGAGACAAGAUAUUCGUCGAUCGGAACCGUUACUUCGUUUACACAAUUUCUUAGUUACGGAGACAAACUCCGGCAAUAUUAGUCGACAGGAGGCUGUGUCAAUGAUUCCGCCACUCGUGCUAGAUGUCCAUUCACAUCACAAAAUAUUGGAUAUGUGUGCGGCGCCAGGAUCCAAAACUGCUCAAAUUAUCGAAGCGCUACACAAUGAUCAGGAUAAGGGACCUCCAACUGGAUUUGUUGUUGCAAAUGAUGUCGACAAUAAACGUUGCUAUAUGUUGGUUCAUCAAGCCAAACGACUAAACUCGCCUUGUUGCAUGAUCGUUAAUGCCGAUGCUUCGGUGUUUCCGCGCAUGAAAAUUCAAAAUUCCGAAGGAAAGCUUGAAUAUUUAAAGUUUGACCGAAUUUUAGCAGAUGUUCCGUGUUCGGGAGAUGGCACAAUGCGCAAAAAUCCCGACAUCUGGACACGAUGGAGCAUCGGACAAGGAAACAGUUUACAUGGUUUGCAAUAUCGCAUUCUCAAGCGAGGCUUAGAGUUACUAGACAUUGGUGGACGAAUCGUAUACUCGACCUGCUCAUUGAAUCCCGUGGAAAAUGAGGCCGUUAUAUCGCAUAUGUUGCAAGAGUGUGACGACGCUGUUGAAUUACUGGAUGUUAGCAAGGAAGUGGAAGGACUAAAUUAUAACCCCGGUAUGCAAUAUUGGGAAGUUUGUGAUAACACUGAAAAGAAGUUCUAUAAUAAGCCAGAAGAUAUGCCAGAACGGUUAGCUUCGAUAAUUCGACCAUGCAUGUUUCCGCCUCAAGAUCCAGAGGUGCUUAAAAAACUAAAUCUCGAACGUUGUAUUCGCGUGUUGCCACAACACAAUAACACAGGUGCCUUUUUCGUUGCUGUUUUAACGAAAAAGAAGGCUCUGCCGUGGCGAAGGAACGAAGAUCAAGAUCCCCCAGAAUGGACUGCCGCAGAAAAAGCUGCUGAAGAUGGAGCUCCACCACCUCCGAAAAAACGUAAGCAACAUCAAAUGGGCUUCAAGGAAGACCCUUUCUACUUUUUCACGAAAGACGAGCCCAUGUUCCUGGAGAUCAAGAAGGAAUACGACAUUUCCGAGGACUUUCAACCGGAAAACUUACUCCGCCGAAGUCUCGUUGGAAAGACAAAAUAUAUUUACUACGUAACCGAAGCAACGCGAAAUGUAAUAUCUUCCAACGAGAAAUCCAUUAAAAUUAUUAAUGCUGGUAUUAAGGCUUUUACGAGAUGUUACAACAAACAAAGUGACAGAUGUUCUUUCCGUCUUGCACAAGAGGGAUUACCGUCUUUGACCAGUUUCAUAGGGCCAAAGCGACGUAUUAUAGUGGAAAAAGACGACUUGAUUCAUCUGUUAAAGAACAUUGAUCCAACCAAUCCGCCAGAGAUCACGGAUGUUGGCAAGAAAAUGAGAGAUCAACUGAAUUUAAUUGAACCAGGCAGUUGCAUUGUAACGUAUGAAACAGACGAAAUUUGCUUGAAUGUUGCUGCAUGGAAAGGAGUUAGAACGGUCAGAGCUUACACGGAAGUCAACGAUGCUGUCCAUUGUCUACGUUUACUUGGAGCAGAUGUUUCUCAAUAUGAACAAAACAAAUUUAAAAAGGUUGAAACUGCCGACGAAGUAGCAGAAGAAACAAAUGAAACAACGUCAGACGCUCAGCUAAUGGAAGAAGUAGCUGAAGAAUCUUAAAUUGCCUUUUAUGUAGGACAUAAUGAAUAAAUUUAUUUUUUAAAAAAGUGAAAAUUAUUUUCAUGACAAUAAAAAGUAAAAUACCAGUCGUCUUACCAAAGCGGGUUCUACUUUUCAACCAAUUCGCCUCCAU